AUGUCGGCUUCAACUGUACAUUUUGGAUUAUAUGAAGAGAAGGGGAAUGGUGAACACCGGACAGAAGUUAUUGAUGCCAAGUUGAUUCAGUCUCGAGAAGGAUUCCUGCAUGAAUGGUGGUCUGUUUUCUAUGACGUGUAUACCUCAAGGAGUCUGAAGCAUCAGGACAUUGGGCCAGAAGCCUCUAGUGAUGUGGUUCUCCAAAAGACCAAUAAUGGAAGAAGAAAUCUCCCUCCUAGAAUCCCUCAGCUAUCUAAGCAGAGGCAUCAACUGCUUCAAAUCGACCCCGCCAUUAACAAGAUGAUGGAGCAACCGGCUGCCUGUUUGUUAACACCGGAAGUUUACGAGAGAGAGUGUAUCGGAUAUCUAGCUGAAGAUUCUGAUCCAAGUUUACAACUUAUCGAUGCAAAGAGACGGAAGUUUGUGGAUAGUGGAAUUGGCAUUCAGCUAAGCAGCAAUAUACCCCCGGACCCCCUGGGGAAAUUACAAAGAGGAGUUAAUGAAGGUCUCAAUGUGGUGCCGCUAAAUGGAUAUCCUUUAAAUGUAGGUGAUGCAGUAUAUGUUGUGGGACCUUUUGAAGAAAAAUUCCAUUAUGUACUCACUUCACUUCUGCAAGCACCAAACUAUCAGCAACAAUUUCAGGAGCUAGGUACACAAAAUCAGCAAGCACUUGCAUGUACACCUAGGAGUCAGACAUCCAUAUGUCUUAGAAACUCUUCUAUGUGCAACAGUCAAGAUCCAAGAAUUCCCCUGGUUGAAACUGAUUUUUGUAAAGAUAGGCAGGACUGUAUGAAUGCAGCAGAUGGUAGACCUGUAGAUAAAAUCAUUGUGCCUUUGUUUGAUGAGAAUGAACAUGCCGAUCAAAGAACUGGACCUUCCAGGAAUCAGAAACUUAUUUUUGCGACAUGUAAUAUGAGGAAAGGAUUUUCAUUUGAAGAGGUUGGUUGUCUUCACUCAAGCAAAAGCAAAGUUUUGUCCUGCCAUUUUUCGUCUGAUGGGAAGGUUUUAGCAAGUGCUGGUCAUGAGAAGAAGGUUUUUAUUUGGAAUAUGGAAACUUUUGAUUGUGUUAGUACUUCAGAGUCACAUUCACUUCUCAUUACUGAUGUUCGGUUCAGACCAGGUUCAACCAUAUUUGCAACAUCUUCUGCUGAUAAAACUGUAAAAAUAUGGGAUGCGGCCAAACCGAACAAAUCAUUGUUUGACCUUCCUGGGCAUGCUGAACAAGUAAUGUCAUUGGACUUCCACCCAAGAAAGAUGGACCUUCUUUGUUCCUGCGAUAGCAAUGGCAUAAUGCGGUUAUGGAAUGUCAACCUAGGCGUUUGUGUGCGUAUAAAUAAGGGAGGCAGCAAACAAGUCAGGUUCCAGCCUCGAAUUGCCAACUUCUUGGCUGCUGGCGCAGGAAAUAUUAUUAAUGUGAUUGAUAUCGAGAGUGACAAACUUAUAUACAAGCUGAAGGAAACUAUCUUGCUUCUGUAA